GAAAAAGACGACAAAAACAUGAGAAAAGAGCCGAACAAUCCAAACAAUUAGCACGCACUACCACAACAAUCACGUCACGACCAACCGACCAAUAGUCUCCUGCACAGAGACCAUAGUCACAACUAUUUUAUUCUCAUCAUUUCCCCCCCUCAUUAUACGGCCGUAGCUUCUGCGACCAUCUUCUUACGCGCCAAAUCGUGCCUGCUGAUUUGAAGUCGGCAUGGCAUUGUGGCUUCACUGAGAAAAUGCGUGAUCCCAGUGAAAAGUGGCCGGAGCCAGUCUCCUCCCUUCAGUCAAUGCAGCUUGAUCUUCCGCCCAGUUGCAUCGAAUUUUGCCCGUCUGCGCCGUCAUACUUUCUGAUCGGAACGUACAACCUGGAGGGAUAUGAAGGGCCCGCUGCUGCGCAAACUGCUGAAGCGAAGGAGAUGGAGGCGCAGGACGAGAACAUCGACAAAGACGAGGCUGCGGUGACAGGAGAGAAGGAGGGGCCACAAAACCGCAAUGGCAGCAUUCUCACAUUUCAGCUCGUGGCUGACCAGCUAGUCCACGUCCAGACGCUGAUGCAGCCAUCGGCCAUCCUCGACCUUCAUUUCAACCCAGCACUAGGCAAGCAAGACAUGUGCGCCGCCGUCUCCAGCACGGCCACCCUGGCUCUGUUUCGGUUAAGUCCUGGGGAAACAGAACCCCUGAAGCAUCUCAAGACCAUGGACAUGGCAAGUAUGUGCAAAACGGCGGAGGACUGGCUAUGUGACAAGGACGAGGUCAUCUUCACCCACUUCAGCUGGCAUCCUACGAAGCCGGAUAUGGUUGCCGUAACCACAACUGCCGGCUAUGUACACCUAAUCUACCUCGGGAGAGACCUUGAUGGCAGCGACUGGGUGAUGCACCCUGAGCCGAUCCUCACUCACACCCUCGAGGCUUGGUAUGUAUCCAUCUCCCCGUCUCUCAGCCCACCUGAAGGGGAAGAAAACGACUCGUUUCUGCUGUUAUCAGGAGGUGACGACUCGGCGUUGCGCUACCAAGUAUGCAAGCGCACUCGGAGCGCCCAUGCAAUGGAGGACGACGAAUCGGAAAGCCCCUAUACCAUCGAGGCGCUCCGUCCGCCUGUCAACGUGCGAGGCCAUGGUGCUGGAGUGACGGCGAUACUGCCCCUGGGGCUGAAGGACGGCGAGUCUGAGCUCGUUGUCACGGGAAGCUACGAUGAUCACAUCCGGCUCUUUUCUAUCCCGGCCUACGGCUUUGGGCGGGCUGUCGAGCUAGCAGAACGUAACCUCGGAGGAGGCGUAUGGAGGUUGAAGAUUGUCAAGAAAGAGAUGGGCCUCUUGGAUGGGCAGGGCUGGCGCUUGACGAUGCUCGUGUCGUGUAUGCAUGCGGGUACGCGGGUUGUCGAGCUUUCCAAGAGCGGCGCUGGGGAGUGUGAGUUCCUAGUGAUUGGGAGGUUUGAGGAGCACAAGAGCAUGAACUAUGGCAGUGAUUGUCAGCUGAGCGCGGAGGGAACCCUCGCGGUCGUGUCGACGAGUUUCUAUGACAAGCUGCUGUGUCUUUGGAAGCUUGAGCUUGGGGCUUGAAGAACAAAGGCGAACAAUGUGCCUAGACUAUCCUGGCCAGGGAGAGGAUACGACAUGUCUACAUAGAUAGUGUCGACAGUAAAGUAAACCAGAAGGAUUCGAAGGCCGAAAGCACGUCGGGGGGUUUCAGGGACAUGUCCCGACCGCGGAAGAACGAAACAGCGUUCAAGUGUUCGUCGUGACGCAGCUAUUUUCAAGCGAACAGUUCAUUCCGUCAGUGGGGUGCAUGCAUAAUUCUGUACAAGCACACUGUGAGGGACUAGAGGUACCUACUGUACGUGCCUCCCGAUAACGAGCGAUAAGCUGACCGCCUUCUUUUUUCCAUCCCUCGUUGUUUAUGGAAGCCAACCUGAGGUCCUGAGGUACCUACUGCGUACCUACCUACCUACCUACCUACCUACCCAGGUGCCCCU